CUUGCAGUCCACAUCCCCAACCUAAGCCAAUUAACCAAAGCGUCAAUCUCUCCUCUCUCUCUCUCUCGCUCUUUUGCUCAGCUACUCUUUUCUCUUCAACGAUGGCUGUGGAUUCUUCAAUCUCGUCCUCCAGCGAAAAACACGCCACGGCGCUUCAGUUCAUCGAAGACAUGACAAAAAAUGCCGACUCGGUUCAACAGAAGGUGUUGGCUGAGAUUCUUACUCAAAAUGCCGAAACCGAGUACCUCCGGCGUUACCAGCUGGGUGGGUCGACCGAUCGUGACACCUUCAAAUCGAAGAUCCCCGUGAUCACUUACGAGGAUCUUCAGCCUGAAAUCCAACGUAUUGCUAAUGGCGAUCGCUCCGCCAUCUUAUCAGCACAUCCCAUCUCUGAGUUCCUCACCAGUUCUGGAACUUCUGCGGGUGAAAGAAAGCUCAUGCCCACCAUUCAAGCAGAGUUGGACCGUCGUCAGCUGCUCUACAGUCUUCUUACACCUGUAAUGAACCUUUAUGUACCGGGACUAGACAAGGGGAAGGCUCUUUACUUCUACUUCGUCAAAUCAGAGACAAAGACGCCAGGUGGACUGUUGGCCCGCCCAGUUCUCACCAGCUACUACAAGAGUGACCACUUCAAGACCAGGCCCUACGACCCUUACAAUGUCUACACCAGCCCCAACGAAGCCAUUCUAUGCCCUGACUCCUUCCAAAGCAUGUACACCCAGAUGCUCUGUGGCCUCUACCAGCGCGAAGAGGUCCUCCGAGUAGGUGCCGUUUUCGCCUCCGGCCUACUCAGAGCCAUCCGCUUCCUUCAACUCAAUUGGCGAGAACUCGUCCAUGACAUCGCUACUGGGACCUUGAAUUCCAAGAUAACUGAUCCUUCAAUCCGGGAAUGUAUGGUGUCUCGCCUUAAACCCAACCCCAAAUUGGCUGAAUUCAUUACCAGUGAGUGCUCUGGAGAGAAGUGGGAAGGAAUUAUCAACAGAAUUUGGCCUAAAACCAAGUACCUUGAUGUGAUCGUCACGGGUGCCAUGGCGCAAUACAUUCCCACCCUUGAUUACUACAGCGGUGGCUUGCCGCUGGCAUGCACCAUGUACGCGUCCUCCGAGUGCUACUUCGGCCUGAACCUGAAACCCAUGUGCAAGCCGUCCGAGGUAGCCUACACCAUCAUGCCCAACAUGGGCUACUUCGAAUUCCUACCUCACGAUCCAACAUCGGCUUCCCUGUUGUCUCGAGACUCCCCUCCUCCCCGCCUCGUCGACCUUGUCGAUGUAGAGGUAGGGAAAGAGUACGAACUGGUAAUAACCACAUACGCCGGCCUGUACCGCUACCGAGUCGGGGACAUACUUCGAGUGACCGGGUUCCACAACUCGGCCCCGCAGUUUCACUUUGUGAGGAGAAAGAACGUGCUGCUGAGCAUCGACUCAGACAAGACUGACGAAGCAGAGUUGCAGAGUGCGGUCGAAAACGCGUCAAAGCUCUUGCGCGAGUUCAACAGUAGCGUGGUCGAGUACACAAGCUAUGCCGACACCAAGACUAUCCCAGGGCAUUACGUGAUCUAUUGGGAGUUACUGGUGAAGGACCCAGGGAAUGGGCCGACUGAUGAGGUGCUGAACAAGUGUUGUCUCGCCAUGGAAGAGUCACUGAACUCGGUCUACAGACAAGGUCGGGUGGCGGACAACUCGAUCGGUCCAUUGGAAAUAAGGGUAGUUAAAAGCGGUACAUUUGAAGCGCUAAUGGACUACGCAAUCUCAAGGGGUGCUUCAAUCAACCAAUACAAGGUGCCAAGGUGUGUUAACUUUACACCUAUCAUGGAGCUACUUGACUCCAGAGUGGUCUCAGUGCAUUUUAGCCCAGCCUGCCCACAUUGGACCCCAGAACGACGACGGUGACGGAACGUCUGGCGAACCGAAUAAAUUCAGAAUAUCUAGCCCACCAACUCAACCAGCUAGCUAGCUAUUGCAAAAAAUUAACUUUUAUUUACACUCGUUAUUCUUUUCCUUUUAAUUUGUAUCAUUUUCUAGCUUCUUUUCUUUUGUUAUUCUCUCCUCUUUAAUUAGCUUUUGUGAAAAGUGUCUUUCGACGUUUCAUUUUCAGGCCAGGCCUUUAUAGAAUCAUCAAAUUAACAUCCUCUAAACGAAACAUAGUGGACUAUCGUGUAUGUUUCGUUCUUUCACUUUUA